CUCAGGCUGACCGGGAGGAUAAGAGAAUGGCUGGUCCCCUGGGGCCAUGACAAGGGUGGAAAAGAAGGCUGCUCCGUACCCCGCCCCAAUGGAAAAUAAACUCGGACCCGGGAUCUAUUUCGUGAGGUGAAGGCGGAGCGACAAUAAUCGCGCUGGGGUCAACUGCAGCUGCGCACAGUCGCAUUUCCGUCUCCGCCCCCGAGACCCUGCAGCAGUCUGUCAUGGCGGCCGGGCUGUUAGGUUUGUGUGCUCGCCGUCUUUGGGCGGCUACGACGGCACGAGGACUCCCGGCCGCCCGCGUUCGAUGGGAAUCCGGCUCCUCCAGGGCUGUAGUCGCCCCUUCCGCUAUGGCGGGAAAGCGGCAGCCAGAACCGACCAUACGUUGGCAGGAGGACCCAGAACCCGAGGACGAAAAUCUCUAUAAGAAGAAUCCAGAUGCUCAUGGUUACGACGAGGACCCUGCUGUGGAUGCCUGGAACAUGCGGGUUGUCUUCUUCUUUGGCUUCUCCAUCGUCCUGGUCUUUGGCACCACCUUUGUGGCUUAUCUGCCUGACUAUGGGAUGCGUGAGUGGGCCCGCCGUGAAGCUGAGAGGCUCGUGAAAUACCGAGAGGCCAAUGGCCUCCCCAUCAUGGAAUCCAACUACUUUGACCCCAGCAAGGUCCAGCUGUCGGAGGAUGAGGACUGAGCAAUUGCAGAAUGUUGCUCAAGAGGCACCCCCCCCAACACACCUCUGCCUGCUGUUGUGCCUGCUCCUCAGAGCACCUAAU